GAAAACUAGCGAAAGAGUGGGAGAGAGGACAACACAGAGGAAAAAUAGCGAGCGAGAGAGAGAGCGAAAUGCUGGGAUACGGUGGUUGUGAAUUGAUAGUUGGAUCGAAAAUUUAGGAGGCGAAGAAGAAUAGUAGUGGGUGGUGGGUGUGUAUAUGGGGAAUGGUACAUUGGUGGAUGGGGUUUUUCGGUGGUUUCAUCGUCUCUCUGGGUCAGACGAUACUGUUGGUAAUGAAAAUAAGCAUGCGGGUGUGACCGAUUUUGAAGCUAAAUCGUCAGCUACAACUUCACAGCAACCAGAAAAAAAGGAGCUUACCAUUAUCGAAGACUUUGAUUUUUCUGGAUUGAAGAUCGUCAAAGUCCCUAAACGCAUUCACUUUUCAGUUAACUCCUCCAUGGAUCCUCACAAAAAGAACUCCUUGGACACAGAAUUCUUCACAGAGUAUGGAGAGGCAAGCAGAUACCAAAUUCAAGAAGUUGUUGGCAAAGGUAGUUAUGGGGUUGUUGGUUCUGCUAUUGAUACCAACACCGGGGAAAGGGUUGCAAUCAAGAAAAUCAAUGAUGUCUUUGAGCAUGUCUCUGAUGCAACUAGAAUUUUAAGAGAAAUAAAGCUCCUUCGGCUGCUCCGACAUCCUGAUGUUGUAGAAAUAAAACAUAUUAUGCUUCCUCCAUCUCGAAGAGAAUUCAAAGAUAUUUAUGUUGUUUUUGAAUUGAUGGAGUCUGACCUUCACCAAGUAAUAAAAGCAAAUGAUGAUCUUACACCUGACCAUCAUCAGUUUUUUUUGUACCAGCUUCUUCGUAGCCUAAAAUAUAUACACUCAGCUAAUGUGUUUCAUCGAGAUUUAAAGCCAAAAAAUAUCCUUGCUAAUGCUGAUUGUAAGUUGAAGAUUUGUGAUUUUGGGCUUGCUCGUGUAUCAUUUAAUGAUGCCCCCUCAGCUAUUUUCUGGACCGUACGUGACUAUGUUGCAACUCGAUGGUAUCGUGCCCCUGAACUCUGUGGCUCCUUUUUCUCGAAAUAUACUCCGGCAAUUGAUAUUUGGAGUAUUGGAUGCAUAUUUGCUGAGAUGCUUACUGGAAAACCAUUAUUUCCUGGGAAGAAUGUGGUACACCAAUUAGAUAUAAUGACUGAUUUUCUUGGCACUCCUUCGCCUGAAUCUAUUGCCAGGAUUCGGAAUGAAAAGGCUAGAAGAUAUCUCAGCAGCAUGCGUAAAAAGCAGCCAGUUCCAUUUUUACAGAAAUUCCCCCAUGCAGAUCCUUUGGCUUUUCGCCUACUGGAGCGCCUGCUUGCAUUUGAUCCUAAAGAUCGGCCAUCUGCUGAAGAGGCAUUGACUGAUCCUUACUUCCAUGGUUUAUCAAAUGUGGACCAUGAACCAUCUACUCAACCCAUAUCAAAGCUUGAGUUUGAGUUCGAAAGGAGGAAAUUGACAAAAGAUGAUGUCAGAGAGUUGAUAUAUCGGGAGAUUUUAGAGUAUCACCCGCAGAUGCUUGAGGAGUAUAUCCGAGGUGGAGACCAAACUAGCUUCAUGUACCCAAGUGGUGUUGAUCGGUUCAAGCGGCAAUUUGCCCAUCUUGAGGAGCAUUAUGGUAAAGGUGAAAGAAGUACUCCACUACUAAAGCAUCAUGCUUCGUUGCCUAGAGAGCGAGUUCCCGCACCCAAGGAUGAAACUACCGCCCAAAAUAAUGAUUUGGAAAAGCAAACUGCAGUUUCAGUUGCUACUGGUCUUCAGAUUCCCAGACAGACUGAUGGAUCAGAAAAUGCAAAUUUAAAUGCACAAAAUGGACCAAGUAAGCCAAACUACAGUGCUCGUAGUUUGUUAAAGAGCGCUAGUAUUAGUGCUUCCAAAUGCAUAGGCAUGCAAGGAAGAGAUUCAGAGGAAGAACCGAUUGCAGAGCAACCAGGUGAGGUUGAUGGUUUGACCCAAGAAGUUGCAGGUCUUAAAGCUUGA